AUGGCAGAGCGGCUACUGCUGCGGGCGCGGCGGGGCGGGCGCGGGACCCGCUCGGUGUCGCUCCGCGGGAUGCGGCUGCAGCGCGUACCGCGGGGCCUGGCGAGCCUCCCGGGGCUGCGGGUUCUGAGCCUGCGCGACAACGAGCUGCGCUGUCUGCCCGUCGAGCUGGGCGGCCUGAGCCGGUUGACGGAACUAAAUUUGGGAAACAAUAUCUUUGAGGAAGUUCCAGAACAGCUUAAAUAUCUCAGUUCACUGCAAAAACUUCACUUGUUUGGAAAUAAAAUUACUACAAUAUCACCCACAAUAUUUGAUGGAUUAGAAAAAUUGAUAUUUCUCAAUCUGAACAACAACAAGCUUAAAUAUCUUCCUCCAGAAAUACACAGAUUAGAAAAUCUUGAAAACAUGAUUUUAAACAAUAACCAGCUAGAAAGUAUUCCUAAAGAACUAUGUUCCUUGCAAAAGCUCUCAGAACUCCAUCUAUCCCACAAUUGUCUCAUCACAGUACCUGAAGAGAUUGGAUACAUGACGAAUCUCAGAAUGCUGUGCCUGUCGAGAAACCGAAUAGGAGUGCUCCCUGACGGCCUUUGCAAAUUGAGAAAACUACGAAUUUUAGAUGUAGCAGGGAACAAAAUUCAGAUUUUCCCAAUAGCAAUGGAGGACCUUAUGCUGAGGGAACUUUACUGUGAAGAUAAUCCAUUGCUCCAGAAACAGCCUGUUUCUGCCAUACAAGAGGAAGAAGUUUGGUCUCUUAAGGAAAUAGCGGCAAGAUUUAUUUUCAGUCAGUUAACCAAAGAAGACUCCAUUCUACAUACUGCAGUAAAACAGAACUUGGAAGCAUGCAAUAUACUUUCCAAAAAACAAGAGUGUGCUCAGUGUGGGCAAGGAUUCUUGAAUAUAUGGCUGGAAUGCGUACGUUUUGUGAAUGUCAAACAGAAAAUGAAGAUAAGCAGAAACGUGCACCUCUUGCCUGUAAGGACGUUGCUGUGCUCUUACAGAUGCUUUAACCAUCCUGGCCAUGGAUUCUUUGGAAUUGCUGUACCAUAGAGCAGGCAAGGAAUUCACUCAGUACAUCAGUCAGAUUGCCCUCUUUGGCAUUGUUUACCCUUACCCGAGAGCUAGUUCUUAGAAUUCGUAUUGUGUCUUUUCUCAAUGUAAAAUAUACAGUAUAUUGUGGAGAGAUAAUGAAUUAAAAAGAAAUGAUCUCCAUAUACAUAAUUAUUCCACACAACUGCGUGAUGCUGAUGUUUUUUGGCAGACUUAACACAGCUUCUGAAAGUGAAUGAAUUAAACCAGUGACAUUGUUUAAAUAUGACGCAGAGUUUUAUAGUGUAAAUUGUAAACAGACUUUGUAUUGUGGCUUCUUUGACAGAUGUCUUAUGUUCUAAUAUGAAAUUACUAUGAAAAUUUGUUUUUCUGAGAAUUUAGGAUCAAAUUUUAAAGCUUCAAAGAAAUAUAUGGAGACGUCAAAGUGAUUCUUUAUAUAUUCUUUCAUUACCAUUAUAAAUCCAGUUUUGUAUAAGUUUGUAACUUGGCGCACAAGUGUCUUAGCACAGGAGCAAAUAUGUAUGAGUGCUUUAAUAAUGAAAAAGAUUACCAGUUUUAAGAUUUUUGGUUUUUUGCAUAAAACAAUUUUAAUUUUUAAAGAGGCACUUAUGCCUCAUGGAAAACGUUGAGAAAACAUUUUAUAUAGAAACAAUUCUUAGAUGUUUUAUUUUUGUGGUUUCUUUUCUUCCCUGCUUUCUGAUCCCUUUGUAUGUUUUUAGAUUGAAACAGGCAUUUUUAAAUCUUCCUCCCCUAAAUUUAUACUCCUCUGUUAAUGUCAUAAACCUGUCCUUCGCAACUAAUUAUAAUGUUACAAACAGGGUCCCUUGUUCUGGAAAGUGCUUAAGCAUGUGCUUAAAUGUAAGCACUGGCAGUCCUAUUGAUUUCAGUGGGGCUGUUUAUGUGUUGAAAGUUAAGGAUGUGGUUAGGUACCUUUCUGCAUUGGGUCUAGAAUUAUUUCAGGUGAGAAUAAUAAGCAGGAACAGUCACAUACUUAAAGAGCAAAGACUGUUUUUAAACAAUUUGUUGCCUAGGAGUAAAGAACAAGUUAACAAAUACCAAAAAACAAGCAGAAUUUUCUCUAAAUAGAAUAUUUUUGUGAUUUUUACAUUUCCAUGAGGCACUGGUAGAGCACCAAAAAACAUUUCUCAAGAACUUUAUCUCUAAUGUGGUGUACUCACUUUCAAGUGAAAUUCAUUGCAGACAGAGGAUGUAUCAUGAAAGCAGUACAAUAAUACAGUGCAGAUAGUAGCGGACACAGUCUGAGUGAAGGGAGGAUUCACCAUAUCUCUCUGAAACUACAAACAAGAAGGAGGGCAUUGAGGAUAGGCUAGGGAACAAACGACCAGAUCUGUGCAUAUGCAGAUUCAGUGACUCGGAACCCCUUAUAGAAGCUACAAAAGGACUCCAUCCUCCACAGUUUCCAGGUAGGACAGUCUUACAAAAUGUGAUCACUCAAUCUGUGAGAGAAUUCCACUCUUAUUAUAUUAUCAAAAAUGAGGAAACAGACGUAGAUGGAACACUGAAUGCUGAAAUUGUGCUCUUUCACAUGGACAGGAGCAUCUGCUUUGCAUUGUACACACUUGGUAUACAUACUAAAUAUGUUCUAAAUACACAUUUACAUCAUAGGUCUCGACUGUCCUAUUAAAUAACUAAUGCUGUGAAUGAAUCACUGCCUGAUCAAUCUUUCUGUUGUAUUUUCUCAGUUAAAAGGCACUUCAGAGAAACAUUUGGUUAGUUUGGUUUUAAAAUAAUUUGUUUUUUAAAUAAUUCAGUUUGACACAAAUUGUCUGAAGCAAGAAAAGUUAAAUUCAAUGCUGCCUUAGCUGCCUCCUUUUAUUGCAGUGGAGUUAUUUAUACUUGGCUUCUAAUACAAUGUGUGCUGCCUUUUUUCCUUGGUCUUUUUGGCUAAGGUCCAGGCUAAUAUUGGUUUAAUAUCUGUAAACAUCCUCUUUUGGGGAGCACUACAUAAAGUUUCCAACAGGAUGGAUUCAAUGAGCUAAUAGAUUUGUCCUGUCUUUAAUUACAAUAAUUGUAUUGUGAAGGCAUAAGAAGAUGAGUUAAGCAAUAUCAGCCUUAACUUUGAAAAACCUCACUGUCACUUAGUGCCUUGUGUGUUAAUUUCUUUGUGCAACUCUGUCUGUGAAGUACAUGAUAAGAUGAACAGAACACUUCCUCAACCUAGAAAUGCUCUCCAAGCACCCAAUAAAAC